UAAGCGUAAGCGUAUUAGUUUUAUCAAUCAACAACCACAUAAUCGUGUUACUUCAAAUGAUAAUAUUGAUAUUGAAAAGGUAAAAAAGAAGAUUGAUGCUGAAAAAGUAAAAAUGGACAUUGAUACUGUAAGCGUAAAAAUAGAUGUUGAUGCUGAAAACGUAAAAAUGGAUGUUGAUGCUGAAAACGUAAAAUUAGAUGCUGAUGAUAGAUAUAUUAAUA